GAAAAGAAAAAGAAAACCAAACAGGCCUUGCAAGUGGACCCAUAGUCCUUUGUAGAAAAGAAGCAGUUAAAACAGUUUCUAUGAAAAAUUAGAAAAAACAAAAAAAAAAAGAGAGAGAAAGAAUUCCACUUUACUAGUUUUUAAUAUUUUUUUUUUAUCUUAUUCAAAAAUUAAAAGUUUUCAAUAAUCCCGCAAAAAGAACAAUUCACAAUUUCCAUGUUUCAGUUAAAGAGGAAGACAGAUUAGCUGAUGCAUCUUCAAUGACAGGUGUGGAAAAACAAAGUAUAUCAGAGACAUUUGCAUUACAACAUCAAGAAGGAAUUUUUCCGGCAAAAAAAGCCGCCAAGGAAUCAUCGAUAACUAAAUAUGGCCACAGAGACCAAAUCUAAUGUUGUGAAACCAAGACCCAGUUGUGGAAAUCAAGCGGGUUCCUCAUCGGUUCCAUCAUCAAAGGGCAAGGUCGAUUCAUCUGUCAUCAAGAAGAAAGUUUUUGAGUCUUCCUCAUCUAAGCAAUCUGUUGAUGCUAAGCAAAAAUCUGUUUCAACUACUGUCUCCAAAACUGAGGUAAAAGCAAAAGCGUCAUCUAGUUCAUCAAAGACUGUGAAAAAGAAGAUUGUAACAAGGACCAGAGAGAAAAAGGUUUAUUCCCUGCCAGGCCAGAAACAUGAUGUUCCGGAGGAGCGAGAGCCAUUGAGGAUAUUCUAUGAAUCUCUUUCGAAGCAGAUACCUUCAAGUGAAAUGGCAGAGUUCUGGAUGAUGGAACAUGGGCUGUUGUCCCCUGAAAGAGCAAAGAAGGCCUUUGAGAAAAAGCAAAGGAAGCAAAAACAACUUCGGACAGGGACACCUAUUAAAUCUCCACCACCUCCAGCAAGAAGUAGUAAGCCAGAGAGCUCAAAGAAGCCACAGCAGGUAUCAAAGAACGGUGAUGUAAAAGCGAAGAAAUGGAUAAGAGAUGAUAGUGAUGACGAUGAAGAUGAUUUUGUGCUGAGCCAUAAGAGGAGAAAGGGGUAAGAAGAAGCAAAGCCCUAUUACUCUAGGCAGUGUUGUCACAAGUUGAUUUAUUCAAAUGUAAUUGAGGAAUUUCAAAAGUGAGUGAAGAAGAGAUAACGUGAUAAUCAUUAGAGACAUAGACAUUGUUAUACAAGAAACCAUAGUAACAGAAAGUCAGAUAGAGGAAAGUGUAUUCUUAUUAGUUAACAUUUCAGUUGAGACAAAAGCAUACUUCUUUCCAUAAAUGUCAACAAUGUCAAUGAUUCUCUUGAGAAACUAUAUGUAGUAAUUGUCUUUACUUAGAGUCAAAUUUCUGUAUGUCAUAAGUUGAUGACAGAACCUUAUCUGCUAUUUGCAGUAAUUCAUGAACAUGAAGACCCUUUAUCCUUGUCUAAUGUUCUGGAUGUCUGUGUCCUAAAAAUCCUCUUCUAGCAGCAGGUUUAUUGCUUGAAACUUAAUAACCUCGUGUUUGUAAAGGGUGGAAAGGUUAGCAGAGAAAAGAGAAUAAACCCC